AUGCUCGAUCUGUCACUCAACGCCGUGCUCGGCGCCUACCGAGCACGCGCGGCAGAAACGCGAGGCAGAGCUCAAACAUCCUUCAAAAGUAACGCAAACACGCCACAUAGAAUUUCCAGCACCCGGAAGGCAGAUCUUCGGCCAAACAAGAAGAGAUGCAGACGACUUUAUCCUCGCCAUCAUAAUCUCAACGGCUUCCAACCCAUCGCGCCUCGUCCAAGCGGGAAAGACUCCUGUGGCUCGUCGUCGGCUCGCGUGUCUCGCUCCGGGUCGUCGGCUUCGGUGUCGCACACCCCCGUCCGCUCGGACUCUCGUCGUGGCUCUGCGGGGACAGGACACUGGUCGGGCUCGGAAGCUUCUGGCACUGAGUCGACUGGAAGGACGCAGUCUGCGAUGAGUGUUCCCGUUUCUGGAAGUAUCAGUCCGACUGGUUCCGGCGGGCUCUCGCGUUCUGCUGACAAUCUCGCGCUGGAUCCCCUGCUAUCCAGGGAUGUUUUCGAUCCCGCCUAUAAUCUUCUACCUUCGACUGUGUCGGGAGCGUCGUUAGUGCAGAAUAUGCCGCUGAUUAGCCCUCUCGAGAGCGCGAAUCCGUUCGACUUCCCGUCGAACCCAUCGCUGGCUCUCGAUGAUGGAGCGCUGCGAUAUUUGGAGGAUAUGGAGGUUGAUGUUACCGAGGGAAUCACCGAGGAGGUUUUCCAUGUGGAGGAUUGGUCGAGGUAUAUGUGGUCGGCGGAGACCGGCUUCGAGCAUUUAGACACAGGAUAUCCUCCUGUGUCUCGAUGA